GAGUCGUCCUGGUACUGACGUCACCGAUCGGGGUCCACAGUCGUUAUAGCAAGGACACGACGGUGAUUCGCGCACCGCACCCAGUGCUACGAACGGGACGAUACGUACGAAAUCGGGCGUCGGGGUGCUGCAAACCUACAUACGUGCAUAUAUACAGACGCCAGAAUAUUAUAUACGGAAAAGGAGACAAGGAGAGAAAGACAGAGAGAGAGAGAUAGAUACAGACAGAGACGUAAAGAAGGGAGAAGAAGAGAGAGUAGGACGCCGCGCGAAGGGAUUAGAUAAGCACAUAUAUACAUAUUGUAGUAAACCGAAGUCGUUGGGACCGACCGGGAAGCAAUUGUUUGUCGUGCGUGCAACGGACUGUAUCCAAGGCGACUCUCCUCGAGUGGUUCGACUUGAAGCCCGAAGGCGAAGGAAGGAAGAAGAAGAAGGGUGCUUGGGUGGUGCUACAGAGAGAGCGAAAGUGAAACGAACGAACGAGUGAGAAGAGCGACGAGAUCCAUCCAUCCGUUCGUUUUGUCAUUGCUGGCGCGCCGAUAACCGCACGAUAUCCGCGAGCCCUGGGGUUGCAUUCAUGUUAAUCAAUUGGGGAGUGUGCCAGUCGUCGUCGUAUGCCAGUGCCUGUCGAAUGUGUUCGUGAUUUUCUUAGGUAGUCCUAGGGGGUAGAGAAGGUUUUUUUUUGUUUGGCAGGCCUGGAGUGAGAAGCGACAGCGGCGCGAGAGAGGUUGUGUGGCGGUGGAGGCAGGCAGGCAGGCAAGCAGCAAGACAGACCGACGAACGGAACGGACGGACGGAAAGAGACGGGAUUUUGUUUUUGAUCGCGGCGUCGGCAUUUUGUUAUCUGUUAUUAAUUAAGGAAGGUGUUGCAUUUUAGUGCGCCGCGUGCAGCAGUAUGAACGAACUGGACUCAUUAAGACAGGAAGCGGAAACUUUAAAAAAUGCUAUUAGAGAUGCUCGCAAAGCGGCGUGCGAUACAUCGCUGGUGCAGGCGACGGCGAGCCUCGAACCCAUCGGAAGGGUGCAGAUGCGGACCAGGAGGACGUUGCGUGGUCAUCUUGCGAAGAUCUACGCGAUGCACUGGGGCUCCGAUUCCAGAAACUUGGUUUCCGCCUCACAGGAUGGUAAGCUGAUCGUAUGGGACAGCCACACAACCAACAAGGUGCAUGCCAUUCCGUUGCGUUCCUCUUGGGUGAUGACCUGCGCUUACGCCCCGUCCGGCAGUUACGUUGCCUGCGGUGGACUCGACAACAUUUGCUCCAUAUACAGCCUGAAGACCAGGGAGGGCAACGUUCGCGUCUCUCGUGAACUACCCGGACACACCGGCUACUUGUCCUGCUGUAGAUUCCUCGACGAUAACCAAAUUGUUACUAGUUCCGGCGACAUGAGCUGUGCCCUCUGGGACAUCGAAACCGGACAACAGACGACGUCCUUCUUGGGCCAUACCGGUGACGUGAUGAGUUUAUCCUUGUCCCCGGAUAUGCGUACUUUCGUUUCCGGCGCCUGCGACGCCUCCGCGAAACUCUGGGAUAUCAGGGAGGGUCUCUGCAAGCAAACUUUCCCGGGACACGAAUCCGACAUUAACGCUGUUACGUUCUUCCCUAACGGCUACGCAUUCGCAACGGGUAGCGACGACGCCACGUGCAGACUUUUCGAUGUUCGCGCUGACCAAGAAUUGGCCAUGUACAGCCAUGAUAACAUCAUUUGCGGCAUCACCAGUGUCGCCUUCAGCAAAUCUGGUCGUCUUCUUUUGGCCGGCUACGAUGAUUUCAACUGCAACGUUUGGGACUCUAUGAAAACCGAAAGAGCAGGUAUUUUAGCUGGUCAUGACAAUCGCGUGAGUUGUCUCGGCGUGACAGAAAACGGGAUGGCAGUCGGGACAGGUUCGUGGGACAGUUUCUUGCGCAUAUGGAACUAAGACACAGUGUUGCCAAAAAAAAACAAA